AUGCACCGCAGGGUGGGCAAGCCAAAGUCCAGAAAGGGAUGUGUGACUUGCAAAAUUCGCCACGUUAAAUGCGACGAGCAAAAGCCGGAAUGCGACCGAUGUAUUCGUUCCGGUCGUAAAUGUGACGGCUACAGCGAUUCCUCGCAGAGAGAGCUCCGAGAAAACAUCAAAAAGGACACUCCUCGCCACACCUGGCAGCCCAACUCGGAUCAGCGUCUAGUCCUCGUGCCCGGAUCUCGAGAAGAGCGCCAGUAUGUGCAUGUCUUCUGCACACAGGCGACUCAUGCACUAUCGGGCUUCUUUCCAUCUGAUUUCUGGACCAGGUUUCUCCCCCAGCUCAGUCAACGGUAUCCGGCAAUUCGACAUGCUGUUUCUGCGGUUGGCGCAGUCUAUGGGAAACAAUUGCUGCCUGCGAAUUUUGAUCCUGCUGAAGUGGAGCAGUUCACUUUGCAACAGUAUAACAAAGCUAUCCAGAGUUUCAUCGGCCAGAUGAAUACACCGCAGACUGUGGAUAUUGACUUGGUCCUGGUUACUUGUCUUUUAUUUAUCUGCUUGGAGACUCUUCAAUCGAAGAAUAUUCGAGCGUUGGAUCAUAUCCAGAGCGGUGUUCAGAUUCUAGCGGCGCGAUCGCAGGAGAAGAAGAUCACUUUGGACAAUGAGUUUGAUCGAGAACUCUUACACACAUUCAGCCGACUUAAUAUUCAGAUAUGUCUAUUUGGACGCGGUAUACAGCCUCUGGAUAUCCAGCCGGAAAAGUCUACGUUCGCAGAGUCUCAUGAGAAACUCGCGUUCGACAAUAUCUCCCAAGCGCGGGAAACUCUAACCAGCCUUCAAAAUCGGGCAUUGGUCUUUAUUCGAUCGGUCGGAAGUAGAAGUGAAGUCACGUACGAGUCCGUUUACGAGCAGCAUGUCAAACAGCAGCAAGCUAUGCUGGCAGAAUAUUAUACAUGGCGCGCAGCGUUUGAUCGAUUGCGGAAGCGAUCAACUAAGAUUGCCGGCAUCUCAGAUCUACGAGCGCCCCUGGCGCUACUAAUCGAGUAUCACGUCUCCUUGGUCUGGUUGCUCAAUUGUAUUACCCAACAAGAAUCAAACUUUGACAAUUUCACCUCGCACUUUGAAGAAAUUGUCCGCACAGCGGAGGACAUCCUCGAGCUCAGCCCGGAGACCGACUCGACACCCGUCGCUGAACUAUUCUCCCUGGACCCAGGAGUUCUGGCCCAUAUAUACUGGACUGCACAUAAAUGCCGAGAUCCUCUGAUUCGCCGAAGAGCAAUAGCGGCGCUAGCGCGGUGUCCCGCACGGCAGGGGAUGUGGCUUCGGCCGUUGAUCGUUCAGGUGGCGUAUAAAAUUGUGGAGAUAGAGGAAGAACCACUUUGUUAUCUUCCCGUUCAAGAGAGAAGGGUUGCAGAAAAGGGUCGUGUCUAUGAGGCUCUCAUUUAUCCGGAACAGGAUGCUCAGAGGAGUCCUUGUCCGGUUGAAUUCUGGCUUGCGCCUGAUCCGGUGAGUGGUGACUUUGAGAGAAUUCGGGUGGAUGUGACGUGGUGA